CACACCACAUGUGGAAAGAAAAAAUAUCUAAGAAGUUUUUUUGACUAAAAAAACAUCUAAGAAGUUUAUUACCUCUAUUUUUGCCAUACCUUAAACACCAAUAUUAUACAUACAACCAUGGAAGUUUAUCCUAAGAAUUUUCACAUUGCUGUUUUUCCAUGGCUUGCUUUUGGUCACAUAAGUCCAUUCUUUGAGCUUGCUAAACUUAUAGCUCAAAAGGGUCACAAAAUUUCCUUUAUUUCAACACCUAGAAACAUGAAACGUCUCUCUAAACUACCUCAAAAUUUACAACCUUUGGUAAACUUGAUAGAACUUCCACUUCCUCAUAUAGAAAAUCUCCCUAAGAAUGCAGAAGCCACUAUGGACAUUCCAACACACAUUGUUCCAUAUCUCAAGAAAGCAUUUGAUAGUCUUCAACAACCUUUGAUUGAAUUUUUGGAAAAAUCCAAACCUGAUUGCUUCAUAUAUGACUUUGCACCUUAUUGGUUACCACCAAUAUUAUCAAAGCUUGGCAUCUUAAGUAUAUUUUUCUCAAUUUAUAGUGCAUUUGGUAUGUCUUUUGCAGUGGAAUUCAUACUUGGAAGAAAGUCAAAUGAUGAUGACAGUAUUCUUUCUGCUGUACACUAUGAACAAAAUGAAUCUGGUGUUUCAGAUAUGCUCAGAGUCAAAGAAACCCUUUUUGGUGCUGAUUUUAUUGCUAUAAGAAGUUGCAUGGAGAUUGAAGGUAAGUAUCUUGAAUCACUUGAAAAUUUGAGCAAGAAAAAAGUUAUUCCAGUUGGAUUAUUGCCACCUUCACUACAAUUCAGUGAGGACAAAAAGGAUGAGAAUUGGUAUACAAUCUUUAAGUGGUUGGAUAAACAGGAAAAAAAGUCAGUGAUUUAUGUUGCAUUUGGAAGUGAAGUGACAUUAAGUGAUGAAGAAUUUUUUGAGAUAGCUAAAGGAUUAGAGUUAUCUAGUUUUCCUUUUCUUUGGAUUGUGAAAAACCAAGUUAAACAUGAUUGGCUUGUUGAGAAUCAAUUAAAUAAGAAUGGAUUAAUUUGGAGUAAUUGGGCACCACAGUUGAGAAUCUUAGCACAUGAGUCAAUUGGAGGAUUUUUAACACACUGUGGUUGGAGUUCAGUGAUAGAGAGUCUUAAAUUUGGAUGUCCACUUAUUAUGUUACCAUUUGAAAAUGAACAAGGUUUAAUUUCUAAACAUAUGGAAGAAAAAAUGGUAGGGGUGAAAGUAAAUAGAUAUGAUGGGAAAUGUACUAGAGAUUCAGUGACCAAAGCAUUGAGAUCAGUGAUGGUAAAGGAGGAAGGAAAGAGCUAUAGAAGUAAUGCAGAAGAGAUGAGCAAGAUAGUUGGAGACAUGGAGUUGCACCAAAAUUAUUUAGAUGAAUUUGUUGAUUAUGUGGAGCAACAAAUCCCUUCCUCUAUGCAUUAGUACUUUCUUUUUUCUUUUUAGAGUGAGUCCCGCGAGCUUAGCUCGGUUGGUAAGGACAUUGCAUUAUAUAUCCACGGGGCCGGGGUUCGAACCCCGGUCAUCCCACUUAUCCACCUUAAAGGUGGAAUUUAUAGCCACUAGGCUACAUAACAAAAAUGUCUAAGGUUUAGAGUCAUAUUAUAAUGUAAUAAUCAAAGUGCAUUGGAAUUUGGUGGUUCCUUUGCUCUUCUUUAUGUAUUGCAUAGUAAUGCUGCCUAGUGCAAACUUUCUUUCAAUAUGCAAUUUAAGUUUUUUGAUUCA